AUGCAACUUAAAAAGGCUUACUACAACCGGAAACCAGUAGAGAAGCCAGGGAAAAAUAGGGAAGCUGCAUCCAGCCAAGAAAUGGAGAACGCUUCUGCUGAAGAAGGCCAUGGCAGUAAACUGAAAACAGAAAUGAAGAGGGAAAAGCCAGACAUUAAAACAAUUUGCAGCCUCUUAAAAACUUCUUUCAGUCACAGAAGGAAGUGGAUCUGUAAACUUCAGGGUAAAGGAACGGUGAAGAAGAUCUUGGAGGAGUACCCAGGAUUCAAGAAUUGGCAACUGGUAAUAGUGAUUCAGCUGCAUGAGAUUGACCAACUGUGUACUGAAUGUAUUACUGUACUGAAUAUAAAGCUUUAUUUAAAAUAACCCAGUUCUAUAUUUCAUGAUAUAAAUUUCCUAUUGUCUUUUUGUAGCUCAUGAUAGAGACAUCAUUAAUAACUGAAACAAGACAAUACAAGGAGGCUUGGUUAAAAAUGCUUCCUAAGUUGGGUGACUAUGUAGAGGAGCAUGCCCAAGAUGUCUUGGAAGAAGAAAAUGUUGAAAACUUCAAAGAAAUUGGUGAAGGUAAG